AUGUCCAUAGAUGGUACCGUUGCCGAUAGUAUUGUCCGAUCUACUGCUAACAUUAUCACAUUACCGCCAGCAAUUGCCGAAAUUGCUGAUCUAAACUGGAUGGAUCCGGAUCUGAUCCAGUUAGUAGAUUAUAACAAACCGGAUGGAUCCGGAUCUGAUCCGAUUAUGGCAAACCGGAUGGAUCCGGAUCUGAUCCGGUCAGUAAACUACAGUAAACUGGAUGGAUCCGGAUCUGAUCCGAUUAUGACAAACCGGAUGGAUCCGGAUCUGAUCCAGUUAGUAGAUUAUAACAAACCGAUGGAUCCGGAUAUGAUCCGGUUAGUCAAUUACAGCAAACUGGAUGGAUCCGGAUCUGAUCCAGUUAGUGGAUUAUGA